GCCACGCAAAGCUGCACGCCCGCCGCUCGGCUCGGCUCGGCUCGGUUCGGCUGUGCGCGGCGCGGGUCGGCCAGGCUGUGGCUACAAGGCCGCCGUGGGGCGCGAGCGCCGCAGGUGACCGCGGCGGGGAGCUGCGUGCGCGGGCGGCGGCUGAGGAGCUGGAGGCGGGCCGUCGCUCUCGGCCCAGGCGCUACGGGCUGAGGAGACCAGGCGAGCCGACGCGAGCGGAGGCGGGCUAAGGGCUCGGGGCACCCACUUGACAGCCGGCGGCGCUCGCGGCCCUCAGCAUGUUUCGUGAGGCGAGGGUUUUCCUCCCGCCCGUGGGCUGAAGCGGCGACGGCCCCCGAAGCGAGAUGCACCUGCCGGCUGCUGCUUAGAGGACGCGCGGCAAGCGGGAAGUCCCGGCCGCCAGCGGGAGGGCUUUCGUCGCCCGGCAGCCGUCGCCUCUCGCCGCCGCCGCGGGCCCGAGCGGGAGCGGCGGGUGGGCGCCCGGACAUGGCGGCCCGGAGCGCCCCGAGCUGCCACCUGCGGCUCGAGUGGGUGUACGGCUACCGGGGCCACCAGUGCCGCAACAACCUCUACUACACUGCGGCUAAGGAGAUCGUGUACUUCGUGGCGGGGGUCGGCGUGGUGUACAGCCCGCGGGAGCACCGGCAGAAGUUUUACCGGGGCCACAGCGACGACAUCAUCAGCCUUGCAUUGCACCCUGAACGAGUGUUGGUAGCAACAGGACAAGUUGGGAAAGAGCCUUAUAUUUGUAUUUGGGAUUCAUACACUGUGCAGACCAUAUCAGUUUUAAAGGAUGUUCAUACACAUGGUAUAGCUUGCUUGGCGUUUGACUUAGAUGGACAGCGCUUGGUUUCAGUUGGACUUGAUUCAAAGAAUGCAGUUUGUGUUUGGGACUGGAAAAGGGGAAAAAUGUUGUCUAUGGCUCCUGGUCAUACAGAUAGAAUAUUUGAUAUUUCUUGGGAUUUGUACCAGCCAAAUAAACUUGUCAGCUGUGGUGUAAAACAUAUCAAGUUCUGGAGUUUAUGUGGAAAUGCUCUGACCCCAAAACGAGGUGUCUUUGGUAAGACGGGUGACCUUCAGACAAUACUGUGCCUAGCCUGUGCAAGGGAUGAAUUAACAUAUUCUGGUGCACUCAAUGGGGAUAUAUAUGUUUGGAAAGGAAUCAAUCUUAUACGAACAAUACAAGGAGCCCAUGCUGCUGGAAUUUUUAGUAUGAAUGCUUGUGAAGAAGGCUUUGCUACUGGUGGCAGAGAUGGUUGUAUUCGUCUUUGGGAUUUAACUUUUAAACCAAUUACUGUGAUUGAUCUCAGGGAAACAGAUCAGGGAUACAAAGGUUUGUCUGUAAGGAGUGUUUGUUGGAGAGGUGACCACAUUCUAGUUGGAACACAGGACAGUGAAAUUUUUGAAAUUGUUGUGCAAGAAAGAAAUAAACCUUUUCUAAUUAUGCAAGGGCAUUGUGAAGGUGAACUUUGGGCACUUGCUGUCCAUCCUACUAAACCUUUGGCUGUGACUGGAAGUGAUGAUCGUUCAGUCAGGAUAUGGAGCCUGGUAGAUCAUGCAUUAAUAGCAAGGUGUAAUAUGGAAGAACCAAUUCGUUGUGCAGCUGUAAAUGCAGAUGGAAUCCAUCUUGCCCUUGGAAUGAAGGAUGGCUCAUUCACUGUACUUAGAGUAAGAGAUAUGACGGAAGUUGUACAUAUUAAAGAUAGGAAGGAGGCAAUUCAUGAGUUAAAAUAUUCACCAGAUGGAACUUACCUUGCUGUUGGAUGCAAUGACAGCUCAGUUGAUAUUUAUGGAGUUGCUCAGCGUUAUAAAAAAGUUGGCGAGUGUUUGGGAUCCCUUAGUUUCAUCACUCAUCUGGACUGGUCCUCAGACAGUAGAUAUUUACAGACAAAUGAUGGAAAUGGGAAAAGACUUUUUUAUAGAAUGCCAGGAGGAAAAGAGGUGACAAGUACAGAAGAAAUAAAAGGUGUUCAUUGGGCUUCAUGGACAUGUGUUUCAGGCCUUGAAGUAAAUGGAAUUUGGCCCAAGUAUUCAGAUAUCAACGAUAUAAAUUCAGUAGAUGGAAAUUAUGUUGGCCAAGUUUUAGUUACAGCUGAUGACUAUGGAAUUAUAAAAUUAUUCCGAUAUCCAUGUUUAAGAAAAGGGGCCAAGUUUAGAAAAUAUAUUGGCCAUUCAGCUCACGUAACUAAUGUCAGAUGGUCACAUGAUUAUCAGUGGGUUAUUUCUAUUGGUGGAGCAGAUCACUCUGUCUUUCAGUGGAAAUUUAUUCCUGAAAGAAAACUGAAAGAUGCUCUUCACAUAGCACCCCAAGAAAGUCUGGCUGACUCUAAUAGUGAUGAAUCAGAUUCAGAUCUGUCUGAUGUUCCAGAACUGGAUUCUGAAAUUGAACAAGAGACACAGCUCACCUACCGUCGACAGGUUUACAAAGAAGAUCUACCUCAGCUUAAAGAACAAUGCAAAGAGAAACAAAAAAGUGCUACUUCUAAAAGAAGAGAGCGGGCUCCAGGAAAUAGUAUUCGAUUACACUUUGUUCACGGUUACAGAGGUUAUGACUGUCGAAGUAAUCUGUUUUAUACUCAAAUUGGUGAAAUUGUGUACCAUGUAGCAGCAGUGGGUGUCAUUUAUAAUCGACAGCAAAACACACAGCGUUUUUAUAUGGGUCAUGAUGAUGAUAUUCUCUGCUUAACUAUUCAUCCUUUGAAAGACUACGUGGCAACGGGCCAGGUUGGUAGAGAUCCCUCAAUUCACAUAUGGGAUACAGAGACCAUUAAACCAUUGUCUAUAUUAAAGGGCCACCACCAAUUUGGUGUUAGUGCUAUUGAUUUCUCAGCGGAUGGGAAACGUUUAGUGUCAGUUGGCAUAGAUGAUAGCCAUACUAUUGUGCUGUGGGACUGGAAGAAAGGAGAAAAACUUUCAAUAACAAGAGGAAGUAAAGAUAAGAUUUUUGUUGUAAAGAUGAACCCCUAUGUGCCUGAUAAACUAAUUACAGCUGGAAUUAAACACAUGAAAUUUUGGCGUAAAGCAGGGGGAGGAUUGAUUGGAAGAAAAGGCUACAUAGGCACACUGGGGAAAAAUGACACAAUGAUGUGUGCAGUGUAUGGAUGGACUGAAGAGAUGGCGUUUUCUGGAACAUCCACAGGAGAUGUGUGUAUCUGGAGAGACAUCUUCCUUGUAAAAACAGUGAAAGCACAUGAUGGGCCAGUGUUCAGUAUGCAUGCAUUGGAAAAAGGGUUUGUAACUGGAGGAAAAGAUGGUAUAGUAGCUCUUUGGGAUGACUCUUUUGAAAGAUGUCUCAAGACCUAUGCUAUAAAAAGAGCUGCAUUGGCCCCAGGAUCUAAAGGUCUUCUCUUGGAAGAUAAUCCAUCGAUACGUGCCAUAUCAUUAGGACAUGGUCAUAUUUUAGUUGGCACAAAGAAUGGUGAAAUACUAGAAGUGGAUAAAAGUGGCCCAAUAACACUUCUGGUUCAGGGACACAUGGAAGGAGAGGUGUGGGGUUUAGCUACACACCCUUAUCUGCCCAUCUGUGCUACUGUAAGCGAUGAUAAAACCCUAAGAAUAUGGGAUCUCUCUCCUAGUCAUUGUAUGUUGGCUGUCCGGAAGCUGAAAAAGGGGCUGCUUAGGUUUGCUGGGGGUCCACUCCAGACCUCAAGGUGUCACCAGCGGAGGCUGCAGAACGAUAAAGGUGGCUGCCUGCUCCUUCCCCUGGGAUCUCUGUCCCAGGUGGUCACUGAACUGAUACCAGCAGGAAUGCUCCUGUAUAAGGUGUGUGGUGACCCCUGCUGGGGUGGUCUCACCCAAUCAGGAGGUACAGGAUCCAGGACCCACUUAAUGAAACACUCUGACUGCCCCUUGGCAGAGAGGGUGCAUCGCACUGGGGGGAAUCCCACUGGUCCUGACUGCCCAGAUUCCUCAGAGCCAGCAUAGGGAAAGACAAAGUCUGCUGAUCCAUGGAGACCACAGAUGCCCCCACAGGAGCUCAGUCCCAUGGAGAUCAGAGUUCUGUCUACAAACCUCUGGCUGGAGUUGCUGAAAUUCCUGGAGGGAGGCCCCGCCCAGUGAGGAGGGAUGGUUCAGGGUCAGACCUAAAGAGGCAGUCCAGCCACCGUCUGCCACAGCCUCUGUGCUGCACUGUGGUGAAUUCCUCCUGGGUCUAAACUGUUCAUUUUCCCAGGCACCAGCAGGGGAGAAAUGGCAGACUGGAGCUGCAAUGAUGGCUGCUGCCCGUCCCCGAGGGAGCUCAGUCAUCUUAGGCAGCAGGCAGCCAAAGUGUUGACGGCCAUACCUUCCCCAAGGAACUUGGUAGUUUUUGGCAGUCCCCAGCCAGGUGGCCACUGACAGUCUGCAUAGCUCUGUUCUUGGGACCCAAGACCCUGGUGGCUUGGGCUCACGAGGUCGUGAUCUCCUGAUCCACAGGUUGCACAGAUCCAUGGAAAAGGUGUGGUUUCCUCGGCAGGGAAGCACAGUCACUCACUGCCUCUCUUGGUUGGGAGUGGGAGCUCCCCUUGUCCAGUACCGCUCCCAAGGGAGCCAUUGCUCCACCCUGCUUUUCCUCAUUCUCUGUGGGUCACGCCAACCACCUCGUCAGUCCUAAUGAGAUAACCUGUAUACCUCAGUUGCUGGCGCAGGAUUCACUUGCCGUUUUUGUUCUCCGUGGGAGCCUCUGACCACAGCUGUUUCUAGUUGACCAUCUUGCCUCCUCCCCCCACCACCCCACCAAAUGUGGCUUUUUCACUCUGGUUUUCUGCUCCCCUUUUAUUUUUGAUACCUAAAACAUGUUUAUUUUCCAAUGAUGUCAGCUAUAAAUUUAAAACGAUACUUACUAUGUUAAUCUUUGCUUAAACUCAACUUUCUACCUGCUUUAUUCCUGCACCCAACCAGCAGAAUAAGCAUUGAGUAAAACAGGGAACUGUGAUAAUUGACCUCAGUACUGAUCUGUUUCUCUACUCCUCUCUUGUAGCAGAACUCCUCAAUAUUGUUGAGGCUCCAUUCUCUGUGUGCUCACAUGACAGUAGCUCCACAACCCACCCCAAUUAGGCUUUUGUCCCUAUUUGUCCAUUUAACCUGCUGCCAAUUUGUUAAUCAGUUCUUGGUUCUCAGUGUAUUCACCUCACAGCAAUUUUUGACACAAUUUAUUAUUAUUAUUUUUUUUACUGAACUACUUUAUUCACUUAUCUCUGCAACUUAUGAAUGUCAGUUUUUGCUCUCUACUUCACUGACUCCUUUUUUUCUGUUUCCUUUGCUAGGUCUGUCUCUUCUUCCUGCACACUGCAUUUAGGAAUGCUCCAGGGCUUCUCCCAAGACUUUUCUUUUCAUAUGUACACUCACACUUUAGAUUCAGUCUGUCACUGUCCAGUCAGAAGACAGAGACUUGUAGGGUUAUUUGAACAGUGGGAAUUUAAUAAAAAGAACUGCUAACUAGUAAAAGGUGAUUACCUACUGAAAAAGCCUUAGAGGUAGCCACCAUAGAAAGCAGCUACUAACCCUAGUUCUAAAGGAGAGUGAACAAACAAGGUAAAGGAGAUUCAGACCUGUUUGAAAAUGGUAUAGCUGCCACCAGAACAUCCAGUGAGCUUGUGGCAAAAAAGCUAGCCAGAGGGUACAGCCCUCAGUGGAACAGUGAGAGUAGUCACUUGAUGAAGGAGAAGCUUGCCAGAGCUGAAUGGUCAGAACCACCACUUGGUGAAGAGCUUAACCUAGGGCAAAAGUCACUGAACUGAGAGGACUACUGCCAGAGAAUCUUACUGAAGUCUGCAAAUUGCAGCUAAAUUGUCAGGGUGAAGGUGGAGAAACUUCCUGGAAGAGGCAGUUGGGACUGCCACUGUGGUGUCAAGCCCCCUUCAUGCUGGUGCCCUGGCCCUGUGAAACAGCACACUGGAAGAAGGGAGUUACUUUUGGCCUUGUAGUGUCUCUGCAGCUCCCUCUACUGGCGAAGUUUAGUGUCGGUCAACUAGCAAAAAAAAGUGUGAGGCCCAAAGAAUGGUAGAUAUGGAACUGAGAGGCAAAAAUUAAUAACAAACAGUCUUUCCCUCUGGUUAAUCAGCAUCCACAUGAACCUUUCUACACACAUGUAAACUUAGUACAACCACAGAACUAACCUUAUGUUUCUACCCAAAGAGAUGCAGCUACCCUUGGUACAAGUGAAGUAGUUCUUACCUCUAGAGAGAGAAGACAUACAGUUACAACAGUCAUCAUAUGCAUUACUGACUAUAUUAAUUAUUCUCAAGUUUAAUCACAGUCUUACUGAAUAUUCUUUUAUCUUAACACAAAAUUGUUAAAUUAACCUCCAACAAGCUCGUAUAAAAUAUUGUAGAGAGAAAAGUAAAAUAGUUCAUAUGUACAAAUAAAGAUAUACAUAUAAUAAACAUUUAUGCAAAGUUAGUAUAGUCUUCAUUUCCAUUACUGGUCAUAAGGCUGUAGUUGAUAUCUAUAACUUCUUUCUUCCACUAACCAUUUCAUAUUUUUCUUGUCCUUAGCCACAAUCCCUUAGCCACAGGUGAUUGUGGUAGUGUAAGUAGUGGGGUGACCCAAACCUUCAUUAUUGAAGCAUCUGAAGAAAUCCCCCUUUUCCCCUGGUUGCUGUCAUUUUCCAUUAAGCUUUACCAUUGGUCAUGGAGGAACUAAGAGGUGUCCCAGCAAAUUUCUGUGUUCCAGACAGCCUCUUUGCUUUCAUUAUGUAGCAGCAACUCAAUUCCCCUUUGUAAUCAGGAUCAAUCACACCAGCCAGAAGAGUAAUACCUUCAUUCUUUUUCUGUUGGUUUAGUGACAUAAGGAGCCCCACCAUGGCUAGGUGGCAGUCUCAUCUUCCAAUGCAGUGGAACUAUUGUUAUAUCCCCUAGUAAAAGCAUUCCCCCUGUUCUUGGAAGCGAAGGCUCUGAAUCAACAGGGUUCAGAGUUGCCAGGAUGCAAAGCAAAAUAGUGCAAAUUGAUUAUUAGAUAUAAUAGAAGAGCCAUUCUCAAUUUCAUCUUUUGAUUUCCAGACCCCUGAAUUCUGGCUAUGAGGUAGACAGCGCUGUAUAAUGGUUUAUGAUUCAGAACUUAUACUGCAUCCUAUAAAACAAAUACCCAGUCUUUUGAGGUGUUGUUCCCCAAAUGGUGCCACAUAUAAGUCUUCAGUUAGGAAAUGAGAGUAGGUGAUAGAACCAGUUAAUUCCAAGAGUAUGAGCCUAAGGCUACACAUUCUUUGCUAUGAGAUGAAUUCCUUUGUCAGAAGUGUGAAUUCUGUGAUGGUAGUUAAGGCAUCCUGUGUGUCCACAGAUGGUGAUGCCAGUAGAAACAUUAUGAUCAGGGAAAGCAAAUCCAGAAUUCAUGACUAUUCUACUGAGUGUAAAUCUUUGCCUCCUCCAUAGCAAAAGAGGCCAGUGUAACUAGAAUGCCAUUAAGUAGCUGGCUUUUCUUCCGGGGGAAUGGUGCCAUAUCAGAGGUUCCAUUGAUCUUUUAUGUUAAUAGAUUAGACACUCAGCAGUAGUGAUAGCAAGAUCAACCUUGCCAAGAAGUCCACAUUUUUUAGCCCAGUCAUAGACUCUGCCCUUGCCACCACUGUGAGCCCACUGAGCAAGUGCUAGGUAGCUAGGAAAAGAGGCUGACUGAUAUCCUCAGAGAGUAUCAUUUUUUUUUUUCAUCUGAUUAUUUAGAGCCUCCUUUGUAUUGGAUACUUUGAUGAGUAUUUUUUAGAACACAAACCUUCAUGGCCUGUCCCAAGAAUUUCAUCCACACAUCCACUUUCUAUAUUUCCUUGCCUCUAAUAUUUUAUUCCUGUUUCUUCCAAGUCCCUACCGUUCAUCCAAAUUGUUAGCAAUUACUAGUGAACCCGUGUAAAUCUGCACAUGCGGUCAUCUCUCACUUCAAAGUGGAAAACCAAGUAGACUUCUUGAAGUGCUUCCAUUGGGAGAUUUUACCUUCACUGCUAUUUUUGGGGGGUCACUUCUGAGUGGGGCUGUAGUGCUUUCAAAUAGGUACCAACAUAUCAAUAGAAACUUAAGUCUGACUCAGGAGAUCAAACCCAUCCUGGCUAACAUGGUGCAACCCCAUCUCAAAAUUACAAAAAAAAAAAAAAAAAUUAGCCGGGUGUGGUGGCACGUGCCUGUAAUCUCAGCUACUCGGGAGGCUGAGGCAGGAGAAUCACUUGAACCCAGGAGGCGGAGGUUGCAGGGAGCCGAGAUUGCAGCACUGCACUCCAGCCUGGGUGACAGAGUGAGACUUUGUCUCAAAAAACAAACAAACAAAAAACAAGAAACUUAAGUCUGACUCAGAAUUUUUUCUUCCUCAGCGAGCUUAUCAUAAGAAACACCCAUGAGGCCGUAAAGACUGAGAGUGGGAAGAGGCAUUGCAGCAGAAAUUUUUGAAGGAUUUUGAGGCACCUGUUCAUGUAAAUUACUUGUAACUUCCAGACCUUUCAAGCUUGAUCUUUUCUACUUGAUAUAUUGCUGCUGUGCAUACCCAAUCUCUGGCUUGGUUGGUCAUGUAACUUCCAGUUUGUGAUAGGAAGGUCAGGACACGUAGUUACCUGCUAUCCUGUAGUUAGGCAUUUGCUCUCUAAUAAGGUCUGGUAGCAAGCAAGAAGCUGCUUCUCAAAAGGAAAAUAAUUAUCCAUAAAGGAGGACAUAGAUUUGCUCUUAAGUCCUACAGUUCUGCAGUAUGAUUCUCCUUUGGUAGCCUCCAGAGGAUCUAUAGAGCAUUUCUAUUUACCAUAGACACUUUGAGUAUGAUUAGAUAUACUGGAUCAUAGGCCCAAGAGGAAGACUAGCUUGUCUUCUUUUUCUCUGGUCCUCACUGGAAGCUGGAAGCCUUGUAAGUGACUUGGUAGAUGGGUAGAAGCAGCCACUCAGUGUGGUAUAUGUUGCUUUCAAAAGACCUACCAAACAUUUGGCUCAUUUUGUUCACAGCAGGCAGUGGCAGAUACAGUGACUUGUCUUUCACCUUGUAGAGAAUAUCUUGAUACAUAUCAGAUCACUGGACACCCAGAAACUUCACUGAGGUUGCAGAUCCCUGAAUUUUUUUCAGGGAUUAUCUGCCACUCUCUUGAUUCAUAUGUCUUUCUAAGGUUUCUAAAGUACUUGUUGCUGCCUAUUCUCCAGAUCCACUCAACAUAAUGUCAUCAAUGUUGUGGGCCAUGUAAAUGGUUUGCGGAAUGUCAAGGAUAUCUGUGGAUGGUAUUAUGGCAGAGAACAGAGAAUUGAAAAUAGUCCUGAGGCAAGGCUUUGAAGGUGUACUCAGGUAUAAGCCAGGUGAAGACAAACAGCGUCUACUGAUCCUUACAAAUUAACAUGGAGAGAAAAACAUUAACCAGGGCAGUAGCUGCAUACCAAGUGCUAGGGGCUGUAUUGAUUUGUUCCAGGACAGAUACUACAUUUGGAAGAACGGCUUUCAGUUGGAGCCACCAUCUGAUUAAAUUUAUUAUCCACAGUUAUUAUCUCAAAUUAGUCUAAAUUGAGCAUAGACCCAACAGGCAAGUUUACGUGGUAAUGUGGUGUAGGUAUUUGGACUCCUGCAUAUUUCAAGUCUGUGGUGGUAUUAUUGAUUUUUGCAAUUCUCAGGCUUGAGUUUUUGUUUCUGGUUUUUCGCCUUGGAAGGGAGGAGAAUUUCUAGGGAUUUUCACUUAGUUCUUAUUAUAAUGAUUCUUACCCCAUGGAUAAUAGAGCCAAUGUGGAGGAGUCUACCAGUUGCCACAUAUAUCUAUUUUAAUUCAGGAAUUGGAUAGGUUCCACAGACCAUUUUGGCCUACUGUGAUUGAAACUUGGCUUAAGACUCCAUCUGUCACAGGAUCACCAUAAGCUCCCACUUUGACUGGUAUACAGCAGCAGCAUUUUAUGUUCCCAAGAAUUAUCAAUUCAGAGCCUAUGUCUAGUGUCUAGUAAUCCCUGAAAAUCUGAGCAUUUCAAUUUCCCCAGUUCACCAUUGUUCUAUAAUAAGAGGCCACAGAGUCCUCAAAGAAAUAUAUUAUUCUAGACUUGUGGUAGUGCUACUUGGUCCUUCCUCAUUGUCUGGCCUUUUCUUCAAUCAAGGAGCUCUAAGUAUAUGAAUUGUCUUAGGUGUGAAAACUGACUGAGAAUCCGUGAUUCUCCAUUAUGAUGAUUUAAUUUGAGUCAGGCUUCUAGUCACCAUGUAUGGAGGUUUCUCUACUAAAUAAAUCAAACAUUCAUCUAGUAGCCUACCCAUCUACUUCAUUCCUAAAUAAACGUGAUUCAUUAGCCACCAACAGGAGUCUCGAGUCUCCACAGGCUAAAACAUUCUGAUUAUCACUACAUUUCUCCUGUCCUUUUCUGUGAAAGCAUCUACCUUUACAAAAUCAGGAGGUGGGCUGGUUAAGUGCUACUACUUGGCCUCUGCUUCUCCAUGAUUAUCUCAGUUAAAUCAGGGAAGCUCUGACAAUGGCAACAUCUCCUAUGGUAGGGGUGUCCAAUCUUUUGGCUUCCCUGGGCCACAUUGGAAGAAGAAUCAUCUUGGACCACAUAUAAAAUAACACCGAUAGCUGAUGAGUUAAAAAAAAUCGCAAAACAAAAUCUCAUGAUGUUUUAAGAAAGCUUACAAAUUUGUGUUGGGUCAUACUCAAAGCCGUCCUGGCUUGCAUGCCACCCAUGGGUCACAGUUUGGACAAACUUGUACUAUGGUCAUUUAUGUAUGAGAACAGUCACAGAGCUUUUUGAGAUGCAGAUGCUGCCCUUAAGAUAUUUUCCAAUGUAUUAGUGAACGGACUAUUUUCUAGACUUUCUUGGGGGAUGUAGUUGGUAGAUCGGUGUGCAGGUUUCAUAUGAAAAAUUUAUUCAAGGCUGGGCACAGUGGUUCAUGCCUAUAAUCCCAGCACUUUUGGAGGCCGAGGCAAGCCGAUCACCUGAGGUCAGGAGUUUGAGACCAGCCUGAGCAACAUGGAGAAACCCCAUCUCUACUAACAAGACAAAAUUAGCCAGGUGUGGUGGCACAUGCCUGUAAUCCCAGCUACUUGGGAGGCUGAGGCAGGAGAAUUGCUUGAACACAGGAGGUGGAGGUUGUGGUGAGCCAAGGUCACACCAUUGCACUCCAGCCUGAGCAACAAGAAUAAAACUUUGUUUCCAAAAAGAAAAAGAAAAAUCUUCUUUUUUUGACUAGAAAAAUCUAUUCAAACAUUCUUACUUCCCUAAGCUUUUAGAUUCAUUCCCCUCCAUCAGGUUGUCAGCCCGUGGGUCAAAGCCAGCCCACCUCCUGAUUUUGUAAAUAAAAUUUUAUGGAAUCACAGCCAUGCCCAUUCAUUUAUGUAUCAUCUACGGCUGCUUUCACACUACAAUAGCUGAGCUGAGUAUUUGUGACAGAGACCAUAUGGUGCGCAAAGUUAAAAUAUUUGCUAUUUGUUUCUUUAGGAAAAUGUUUGCUGAUCUCUGUCCUAGAGUAUGCUGGAGUUUGACCCACGUUGAGUCUAGUAACAGCAAAGGAGUGGUUAUGGUGAUUCUUCAGAAAGAUGAGCAUUUCCUUGCAAGGCAACUGCCCCAGAAGGUCAGACUGCUCAGAAACAGGGAAAGCAAGCUAUUUGCACUGGAAAGUGAGACUCAGAAUAACACAGAAGUUUGAGUUUAUCAGCUUUAUUUAAGUCCAACCAGAUAUCCCCAUUCCAAACUUCAGAGUGCCCAGUUAGUGCCCUGACAUUCAUAUAAAAAACUUGGUAAGGCUGUCAAUUCAAUUGACAUUGUCAAUUUGAAAUUCACACAAUUAAAUUUGUGUUUAAUGUUUAGUGAUAUCAGUCCUGUGGAUUUAAGAUGCCAGAGAUUAUUUUAGACUUCCCAUGGAAACAUUCUCUGCUUAAACCACAACUCAUGCUGAUAGUUUAAAGACCUGAGUUUUACUUAUUUCUGUACAUGUUUCACACUGUCAGUAAAAUCUACUGCACACCACAGUCCUUAUAAUCAUCAUUAUGGUAAUGCUAAGGGCAGCAACCUUGUGGGCUCCCAAGGUGCUUAGCUCAUUAGACACUUUAUCAUAAUCAACAGUAGGAAAUAACUUGAUUAAUUGUGAUGCCAAUGUAUACCUUGGGUUGUUAGCAUUUCAUUUCCCAUUGGUAAGGACUCAGCACUCUACUCAAGCCCAAAGGCAUGACUAAGCCAAUCCACCUUUGCUAGUCUAUCUCCGGAGACCACUUCAGUAUCAAUUCUAUAUCUGUCAAGAGACAGAAAUUACCCCCAGUAAUUUGAACAGAGAAAAUUUAAUAUGACAUGUUAACUCAUUAAAGGUGGUUUAAAAAGGUGUAAAAGAGGACUCCAAAGGGUGUCACUCAUAGGCUGACCCCUGUUGGAGAGGGAUAAAUCUAAAAGCUUAGGGAGGUAAUAAUGUUUUAAUAGAUGUUUCAUAUGCAACUCAGAAGUAGCAACUGCAGAAAGCAGCUCCUACCCAUAAGACUAAUGAAGAAUGAACCUCAUGAAGGGGAAGGAUGGACCUUCGUCUCUACCCUAGGAUGAGAUUCAGAUCUCUUUGUAGAGUAUCUGGGUGCCACAGAAAAGCACAACCUGCCAAUGGUAAAGAAAUGUGCCAGAGGACAUGGGUCAAAGCUGAUCUAGGAAAUCUGUGAUUGCAGCGACCCUCCCUGCCAGGCCCCCUGCUCCCAACCCCUCACCCUCACACCCUCCAUUGACCCUCUGGCUCCAGCACACAGUAAGAAGGAAGAAGUCUUUUCCUUGUGCUUUGGCCUUGCAGUGUCCCUCCAGUAUAUCUACUGGCAAAAAUCAAGUCAGCUAGCAAGGGAAAACAUAUCUACAGGAUUCAGCUUCAGUAUCACAUAGCAGGAAAAAGAAGGCUGGAUUUGGAGCUGAGAGGAAAUCAAUUAAUAACAAACUCUUAACCAGUUUAUGGUUGUAACUACUAUCUGUGUCUGACCGUGUCCCUUAUUAUAUCCCAUCUGUUCUCCCUUAAGCUCCUGGAAAGGAUUAAUAUACUAAAUUGUCUCCUUCAUGUCUUCACUUGAACUUCUCAUAGGCAUCUUAACUUAAUUUGUACAGAACUAAGCACUGGUUCCUCCUCUAGUUUAUCCCAUCUCAGUAAAUGGCAUCACCACUCAAGCAAAAACAUGCCCUUGACUUACCUUUCACUCCACAUCCAGUUGGUCAAGUCCUGCCAGCUCUGCCUUUGAAAUAUAUCCAAAUCUUUCAUCUUCUCAUCACCUCCACUGCUGCCACCCUGCUCCAGGUCAUCAUCAUCUCUUGACUCUCAAAUCUGAGAAAUCUCAUCUUAGAUUUCUUCAUUUCCAAUGUUUGCUUGAUAAUUAAAUGACUACUUGUUCUCAAUUUAUUCUAUAACUUUUCAUUCUGUGUAUACCCUGUCCUU